AGAGAGGGGAGGGAGGGUGAGGGGUUAGAUGUCUACUGUAUUGGGUAGACAGCAGUGGGCCUCUAGGAACCCGAAGGCCUGACGGGCAGACGGGUGAACUCUGCCCUAGGCUUAGGGUCAGCGAGCGGCUCCGGAGCCUAGUCGGCGUGCCUUGCCAGUAGGAGUCCGGCCAUUGAGACUCGGAGGACAGUAGGGGCAGAAGCCCCGACCUAGGCCCCGCGGAGAUGUCCGGCUGCGGCGCUAGUUGCGGGGCUGUCGCCGCGCGGCUCAUCACUUCCUCGCUCGCCUCCGCGCAGAGAGGUAUUUCUUGUGGUCACGUUCAUAUACUUGUUUUAGGAAGGCUUGGGACCUUUGAAACUCAGGUUCUACGAAGAGUUCCUUUCAGAACCUUUACAGGAACACCAGCAUACUUAGCCUCAAAAGAUGGGAUAAGUAAAGAUGGUUCUGGAGAUGGAAAUAAGAAAUCAGUGAGUGAGGGAAGCAGUAAAAAAUCGGGCUCUGGGAAUUCUGGGAAAGGCGGAAACCAGCUGCGUUGUCCUAAAUGUGGCGACUUGUGCACACACGUAGAGACCUUUGUGUCAUCUACCCGUUUUGUGAAGUGUGAAAAAUGUCAUCAUUUUUUUGUUGUACUAUCUGAAGCUGACUCAAAGAAGAGCAUAAUUAAAGAACCUGAAUCAGCAGCAGAAGCUGUAAAAUUGGCAUUCCAGCAGAAACCACCUCCUGCCCCCAAGAAGAUUUAUAACUACCUCGACAAGUAUGUUGUUGGCCAGUCACCUGCUAAGAAGGUGCUUUCAGUUGCUGUGUACAAUCAUUAUAAGAGAAUAUAUAAUAAUAUCCCAGCUAACCUGAGGCAGCAAGCAGAGGUUGAGAAGCAGACAUCAUUAACACCCAGAGAGUUAGAAAUAAGAAGACGGGAGGAUGAGUACAGAUUUACAAAAUUGCUUCAGAUUGCUGGAAUCAGUCCACAUGGUAACGCUUUAGGAGCAUCAGUGCAGCAGCAGGUAAACCAGCAAAUGCCGCAGGAAAAACGAGGAGGUGAAGUCUUGGAUUCCUCCCAUGACGACAUAAAACUCGAGAAGAGUAAUAUUUUGCUGCUUGGACCAACUGGGUCAGGUAAAACUCUGCUGGCACAAACUCUAGCUAAAUGCCUUGAUGUCCCUUUUGCUAUCUGUGACUGUACAACUUUGACUCAGGCUGGAUAUGUAGGUGAAGAUAUUGAAUCUGUGAUUGCCAAACUGCUCCAAGAUGCCAAUUAUAAUGUAGAAAAAGCACAACAAGGAAUUGUCUUUCUGGAUGAAGUAGAUAAGAUUGGCAGUGUGCCAGGCAUUCAUCAGUUACGGGAUGUAGGUGGAGAAGGCGUUCAGCAAGGCUUACUAAAACUACUAGAAGGCACAAUAGUCAAUGUUCCAGAAAAGAAUUCCCGCAAGCUCCGUGGAGAAACAGUACAAGUUGAUACAACAAACAUCCUGUUUGUUGCAUCUGGUGCUUUCAAUGGUUUGGACAGAAUCAUCAGCAGGAGGAAGAAUGAAAAGUAUCUUGGAUUUGGAACGCCAUCUAAUCUGGGAAAAGGCAGAAGGGCUGCAGCUGCUGCAGACCUCGCCAAUCUAAGUGGCGAAUCAAAUACUCACCAAGACAUUGAAGAAAAAGAUCGAUUAUUACGUCACGUAGAAGCCAGAGAUCUCAUUGAAUUCGGCAUGAUUCCUGAGUUUGUGGGGCGGUUGCCUGUGGUAGUCCCUUUGCAUAGCCUAGAUGAGAAAACACUUGUACAGAUACUAACUGAGCCACGUAAUGCUGUUAUUCCCCAGUACCAGGCGUUAUUCAGCAUGGAUAAGUGUGAGCUGAACAUUACGGAGGAUGCUUUGAAAGCCAUAGCCAGACUUGCACUGGAGCGAAAAACAGGUGCACGAGGUCUUCGGUCCAUAAUGGAAAAGCUGUUAUUAGAACCAAUGUUUGAAGUCCCUAAUUCUGAUAUUGUAUGUGUGGAGGUUGACAAAGAAGUAGUAGAAGGAAAAAAGGAACCAGGAUACAUCCGGGCUCCAACAAAGGAAUCCUCUGAAGAGGAGUAUGAUUCUGGAGUUGAAGAAGAAGGAUGGCCUCGCCAGGCAGAUGCUGCAAACAGCUAAACUGUCAGACUUUUGUCCUGUAUAUAAAGCUUUUCCCUCUCAUGUUUAGAAUCGUGACUGUCUCUGCAGUCUGACAUUAAAGCAUUGGGUCUGUCUUGGAUAUCAUACAUGGUCAGAAGUCUUUAGGAUAAAAAAUCAGAUCAUGUGUAUUAGGUAACAUCACAUUGAUUGGUACAGAGGACAUUAUGUGGACUUUACACAGUGUUCGGAGAUAAAGUGUACAUUAUUUUGGUUCAGUUUUUUAAAAAACAUGCUUAAACAAAAUUCUUAGGAGUUCUUUUAAGCAAUGCAGGUGUUUCAAUAACUGUGGAUUUUACAAUAAUGUUAACUCUACAAAUGGGAAAAUAAAUUCUUUAAAAUUGAAGAUUGAGAUACCAUUCUUUAGUUUAGUCUUUUUUACCCAUAUUUGUUUCCUGAAAAUAUCAAGUUUCCAAGUAGUUAAAAUUUUCAUGGAAAAAGUACCCUGAAGAACCGUAUUUUAAUAAUUCCUUUAGCUUUAUUCCAAUAUUCAUAAUAUUCCAUUAUUAUUAUGAAGCACCUACCAAAGUAUUUCAUAAUAGCAGUGGAAGUGAAGUAUUCUUAGUCUUAUCUGCUAAUGCAUGACACUAAUUUUCCAAUUGGUACUAUAAAAAAGGCCAUUCUCUUGCUGACUUGUCUGAUUUGCCAUCUUUAAUGCAUUUUAAUGCCAUGAGUGAGCAGAUGGAAUUGAAGUCUGCCUUAAAUCUUCAGAAAAAGACAUCUAAUUCUAAAAGUAGCAUGCAGCACCAGUCAUAGUAACAGCCAUGUGCUGAACUAAAUAAAAUCUCCUAAUAUUAUGCAUUUACCUAAAGUACUGAGCUAGUUUUUUUGUUUUGUUGUGCUGGAUAUUGGUCUAAUUCUUUGGCUUCAUAGAACAUUAAAGAAAAUUGUGCUUUGCUAUCAGCAUAAGCUAAUGUGCUCACACUAAAAUAUAAAUUAUUAAUCUUCAUUAUAGAGUGGGGCAAAAGGUUUACUGUUCCUAUGGAAAAUAAUAUAAUAAUUACAAGAAUAAUAAUAAUACAAGAAUAAACUCUUGUGUUUUGUGUACUCACAACUGUAAACCUAGUUUUACCCCACCCUGUAUAAAAUUAAAUAGUGGGGAAUAUUUUGGGGACUUAAAAAUGAAAAUUAUGUUUCCAUAAAUAUUAAAAUAUUUGGGUACCUUUCAAGCUUUUUCUUCUAUAAUGUUGAUACAAUUUUCUAUACUAUUCAUUCAGCUCAAAUGUAUUUGAAAUUGUUUAAAUCCAAAUACAUUGAGAUAUCUGUUUUUAUUUUUUGGUUUCUAGACUCUCGAGUUUUCCUUUUACCCCCUUUCUUAGGAAGAGAACUUUAAAGCCACUAGCAAAUUCUCAGGGCUGCUGAUGAAGAGUUGGACUUUCGGGAUGUAGUCAGAGAUGUGAGACACCUGUGUAUGGCUGGAGUAGGGCCAGGAGUUCACUUUUGCUGAGUGUUCAAGCCCGGUUGCUAUAAUAGAACAGAAACAGGUAUCCUUCUGAGUGUCCCUAGUAAUGGUUAAAGUUUUUCUCAGGAAGCCUUUCAUAUUUUAAUUGUUCAUUAUCUCUCUCUUAUGGCACCGUUAUUUUCCUUUUGUAGAGUGAAAAUCGAAGUAGCUACUAAAUAUAUUAAGGGUAAUCCUCCAGGAAUGGACUGGGAGACAUUUUAGUCACAACAACUUACUUUGGUUUGGAAGUUGUUAACAAAACAUAAUUGUUGUUUUUAAAUCAAACUCAACUGAGUAUAACUACAAUUUUUAUCUUGAAACUUAUGUUUUAGCAUUUGAAUAAAAUAAAAGGACUAAA